GACAAACACAAAGCUGUCGUCAACAGCAUUAUACUUUGAAAAAAUAAAACUUGCUUGAGAAGUCUUUUUAAUGUUGUAAAAAUCUAAUUAAAAAAAUUACUCAAAUACUAAAAUAGUAAUUUAAUGGCCUCCAUCGAUAUUGAUAAAGUACGAAUCAUAGUUAUUGGAGAUUCUGGUGUGGGGAAAACGUCGUUGAUCCACACUCUCUGUCAUGGAGAACCAAUAAUCAAUCCAACAUGGACAAUUGGCUGCUCAGUUGAUGUGAAACUACAUGAAUAUCGUGAGGGUACUUCGGCCCAGAAGACGUUUUUUGUGGAACUCUGGGAUGUUGGAGGAAGUUCUGGCCACAAGAACACAAGAUCUGUAUUUUACACACCUGCUCACGGCAUAAUUUUAGUCCAUGAUCUGACAAACCGUAAAUCAGAAGGUAAUUUGAGAAAAUGGCUUGCUGAGGUUUUAACCAAAGAAUGCAAUGGAAAUACUUUGUCAUCUGUGAGGACAGUGAAUCCUUCAAGGAAUCAAGAUAUUGAUGAAUAUGAUCCAGAACAGUUCAUCGGUUCAUCACAGAUUCCCAUACUAGUUGUUGGAACUAAGCUUGACUUGGCUGAGGAAGUGAGAACUCACUUUAAUCGAAGGUUAUCUCCCAUCGCCGAGGAAUGUGGUGCUGGUGAAAUUUUCGUAGACUGCACCACAGCAAAAGCAAUGGCUCCCGGUUCUAGUUCCUCUGUUAAACUAUCUAGGUUUUUCGACCUAGUGAUCGAAAAACGUUUCUACAACAGAGAUCGACCUAGUCCGUUUACAGACAAGCGUAGACUGAUGUCAGGAUACUCCGGAAAUACCAUAAAUCACAAAACAUUUCAUUUUGAAUAAUCUGAUUACAUUUAUUGGAUCUAUAUUAAAUACAAUAUCAACUCACGUUA